AUGCCCACCAAGAGGUCCAAGACCAGGAAGCUGCGUGGACACGUCAGCCACGGGCAUGGCCGUAUCGGCAAGCACAGAAAGCAUCCCGGAGGUCGUGGAAAUGCUGGUGGUCUGCAUCACCACAGAAUCAACUUCGACAAAUACCACCCGGGUUACUUCGGUAAGGUGGGUAUGAGGCAUUACCACCUCAAGAGGAACACCUCCCACUGCCCCACCAUCAACCUGGACAAGCUGUGGACGCUGGUGAGCGAGCAGACCCGGGUCAACUACAGCAAGAAGCCCGAGGGCCCGGCCCCCAUCAUCGAUGCUGUGCGCGCUGGCUACUACAAAGUUCUGGGCAAAGGAAAGCUGCCCAAGCAGCCUGUGAUCGUCAAAGCCAAGUUUUUCAGCCGACAGGCUGAGGAGAAGAUCAAGGCAGCGGGAGGAGCCUGCGUGCUGAUGGCAUAA